ACACACCCCUCUCUCCUGGGCAAGGAGAUUUCUUUCUUUUAUUUUUCUGGGGUGAGGUUGGGCUCUUCUCUUGUCUCCAGAUCGUGGAUACAUUUGCUGAGGACAUGAGUCGAACUUGAAGCCCGUGCAAAGGAAGGAACUGUAUGAUUUAUUAUCCAUCAUUCUCCGGAUCAUUCUGCUUAUUUUUUUUUUUCCAGGUCAGCUCAGUGCUGUUUUUCUAGACCCUUGCUCUCUUAUCAUGGCAAUGGUGCCCAUCUGAGCGUUGCUGGGACUGGAAAGGAGUCCUGGGUCCAGGUUGUGGGUGAAAUGGGUGUGACUGGCAGCUCCACCAGCUUGGGCAGUGGGUGUUACUAAAGGAGCAUUGGAGGGCACCCAGCUCCUACCCUAAACCAUGCAGCUUGUCAAGACGGCACCCCUUGGCUUGGCUUGGCUUCUCGGCGCCCUGUCUGCCUUUGCCCAUGGAGCAAAAGGAGAUGGCCUUGAUGUUGGCAGAAAGGGCAGGGAGUGUGGAUCGUGGUGUCAGGCAGCCACUCCACUGCCCUGGCGAGUGGUGGCACCCAGGACUAUGGGUGGCUUCCCUUUGGGGAGUGUUGCUCGGGCUUCCCUGCAGAAAGGGCAUUUAACCAGAUCCAAGGCUACAGCUAGAGAUUUGGGGGAAUGGGGUCCCUUGGAGAAUUAUGAUCGUGCCAGAGCCUGGACUGCAGCACAAACUGGCCAACAAAGAACUCACCCGCGGAAAGCCAAACAUCAUUCCAAUGGCCCUUUGGAAGGAGGUGGCGAGAGCCAGCUGAAUAAGGACCUUUCUGUGGUCUUGGAGGUUGGGAGAUACUCUGAUCUCUCUGGGGCACAGGUACAGAAGAAGGAAAGCAGUAGAGACCCAGGAAGCAUGAGCUCCAAAAGGCAUGUAAGAAGCAAGAGGGGAGCUGGGCAGCCCCAGGACAGAGGGAGAUCGGGAGAAGUCAAGGCUCUCACGGAUAGUCUUGUAAGGAACUUCAGUGACUCAAUGGAAAUCCAGAUGACUCCUUCUCCUGGGCCAGAAAAUGAUUUCCCCCAGGCGUUGCCUUUGAAUGGCUCCGCAGCUGGCUCUUUCAGGAAUGGUACAUUCCGACCAGCCCGGGUCAAGAACCCUUUCUACCCGCUGACUGAGGAAUCAUAUGGUGCCUACGCAGUCAUGUGCCUGUCGAUAGUGAUCUUUGGCAUUGGGAUAAUGGGCAACAUGGCAGUGAUGUGCAUCGUGUGCCACAACUACUACAUGAGGAGCAUCUCCAACUCCUUGCUGGCCAACCUAGCCUUCUGGGAUUUUCUCAUCAUUUUUUUCUGCUUGCCUUUGGUAAUCUUCCAAGAGCUCACCAAAAAGUGGCUGCUGGACGAUUUCUCCUGCAAAAUUGUACCGUACAUCGAGGUGGCAUCCCUCGGAGUAACUACCUUCACGUUAUGUGCCCUCUGCAUAGACCGUUUCCGUGCUGCCACAAACGUGCAGAUGUAUUACGAGAUGAUUGAAAACUACUCAACAACCGCCAAGCUGGCUGUUAUAUGGGUCGGGGCUCUGCCUGCGCUCCCUGAGGUGGUUCUCGCGCCAAUUGACUAAGAAAACUCCGAAGCCAGUGGGAGCCCUCCUGUGGAAAGGUGCGUGGUGAAGAUCUCUCCCCACUUGCAUGACACCAUCUACGUUUUAGCCCUCACGUACGAUGGCGCGAGGCUCUGGGUAUUUGGCUGUUACUUCUGCUUGCCUACCCUCUUCACGAUUACUUGCUCUUUGGUGACGGCAAGGAAAAUCCGGAAGGUGGAAAAGGCCUGCACGAGGGGAAACAAGCGACAAAUUCAGCUGGAAAGCCAGAUGAACUGCACAGUCGUGGCUUUGACCAUUUUAUAUGGUUUCUGCAUCAUCCCUGAAAACAUCUGCAAUAUCGUCACCGCCUACAUGUCCACGUGGGUGUCUCAGCAGACUAUGGACCUCCUGCACCUUAUUAGCCAGUUUCUGUUGUUCUUCAAAUCCUGUGUGACUCCGGUUCUCCUUUUCUGUCUUUGUAAACCAUUCAGCCGAGCCUUUAUGGAGUGUUGCUGUUGCUGCUGUGACGAGUGCGUCCAGAAGUCCUCGACCGUGACAAGUGACGAUAAUGACAAUGAAUAUACCACAGAGCUCGAACUCUCCCCUUUCAGUACUAUACGUCGCGAAAUGUCCACAUUUGCCUCUGUUGGGACUCACUGUUAGCUCACCCUUUUGAUCAACACGCAGGUCCAACUUGCGAAAUCUGUCGGGGUCGUUCUGUCGACUUCAGCGGGAUCCUGGGUUCUGCGGUUUGAUUUGAUUUCAACAUAGUUAAGUGUUGAGAAACGAGAAGCAAACGGAAGUCCUGUAAGGCCUACUGUAAACUGGUUUGCAUACUAACAUAUUUUGCUUUGAGAAAUAAGUUUUAUGUCACUAAAACGAAGACGUACUGCCAAUGUGGAGUUAUAAAUCAUUUCAUAUAUGUGCUAGCACUCUGUGUCUGAAGGGGAGGCAGAAACCUAUGUGUUCAUUUAAUUUAAUUAUCUGCUAGAUAUUAUUUUGGCUGCUAAAAACAACAACUCCAUUGAGAAGGAUCCAGCUUAUGGUAAGUGUUCUGAUGUCCAGGAAUGGCGCAUGAAGCCAUCACCUUGGUGAAGCUAUGGAGGUCUGAUUCUAGUCAGUUCCUGGAUGGUGGCCGUGUGGGAGCCAUACCUACAUUGCCUUCAAUUCCAUGUUGGAAAAAAGAUGGGAUAUAAAUGAAGGAGAGGAAGAAAUAAUGCUUGAAUCCUAAUCGCAGUUAACCUAAGAACCUUCGCUGAACACAGUUAAGUUGCUUGUGAGUAAAUGUGCAUAGGAUUCUGCAUUGUGCCAUCAGUUCCCCUGUAGCAAUUAGUGGUCGACAAAUACUAAUAAUCCCAUUGACAUCAGUGGGAAAGUGAACCAUAUUCUUAAACCUCCUUCAAAGUCAACAGGACUUGAAAUCGUUAACAUAGGCUGAACCAGGCCACA